AUGGCUUCACCUGGCCUGGGCUACAUGGCAACAUUAUUCUACUAUCUGAAAGGAAAGAACAAAUUGAUAUUGACAGCUCCUAUUAGUUUAUUGAACUGGAGAAUUUGUCCCAAGGAACAAAUUGGGAAAUGUCAUGGUGUGCUAACAAAAUGGGAGUACAACGCGCUCCAAAGGAAAGUUAUGCUUUUAAGACACAGUAACACUUUAAAGGCACCCAAUGGACAGGUGGAGAUACGGGGAGAGAUUCUUGCAGAAUACUCUUGA